AUGCAUCUGCUCCCGUGGGGCCGUUUGCCCACGUGGCUGCCUGCCUCUGGUUGGCUCCGCUGCGCCUUACCGAGCUCACCUUCUAGGAGCAAACAAGCAACUGACUUGCGGUGUAGAUUAUUCGCCCCAUCCACCGUCUGCACGAGCUAUAAACACCUUGACCAGCGUCUGACCGGCUACUCUGUGCCAUUGAUUGACUCGAGACGACCCGUGAGGCGAGUUUCGACAUCACCCGAGCCUUUACCUCUUCUUACACGAACCCGUGACAAUACCGUAAAGCUGGAGCUCCCGUCCAUCUCGUCGGUUCACGCCCGCGGCCCCGUCGACACCUGGUAUAAUCAGAACUUUGCCCUGAAAUCUGCAGUACCAAGUGAGCGACUCCCCACCCUUGCCCAGAUCCAGCCGCACACGAGCGGCUCGUCCAAUUCCUCAUCCCCUCGAGGCGGCUCAUUUAGCUCGGGAGGCGCAAGUUCAAACACAUCGUACGCUGCUGCAUCGACACACGGUCACGCAGCUGGGUUCAAGACGCCUUCACCCGAACAGAUUCCCCAGUCUCUGCAUCGCGGUGGCCAGCCCGGAAGCGCGCAGUCCACGCAAAGCUCCCAGUACGGAACCCAGGAAGGCUACGGAUUCAAUCCUGCUGGAUACAACAGCAUGAACCAGAUGCAGCCGUAUGCUGACGUGCAUCAACCCCACAUGUCUACUGCAGCUCAUGCGCCCGCUUCGGGCCCGCCAGCAGGGCUUUCGCAUUACUCGUACCCACAUCAGCCGUCGAUGAUGCAGCCGCAACAACAGCAACACCAAUAUGGAGGACAGCCCACAGGUUAUCCGUAUGCAUACAACAACGGCGUUCCAUCGCAGCUACCAGCAUCUUCGUCCAUGAACAACGCGCUGGUGCCAUCCACCCUCCAGCUACCAGCCAUGUCUGCGGGCGCCCCAAAUUCAUCCAUGCCUGGCUCCCAGAGCUAUCAGAGUCAUACUUUUGAUCAUACUGGCCAAGUGGCACCUCCAGGCAUGAAGCCCCGUGUAACGGCUACUUUGUGGGAAGACGAGGGCAGUCUUUGUUUCCAGGUCGAGGCGAAAGGCGUGUGCGUUGCUCGCCGUGAAGACAAUCACAUGAUCAAUGGGACAAAACUACUCAACGUAGCAGGAAUGACGCGAGGUCGCAGAGAUGGCAUCUUGAAAAGUGAGAAGACGCGCCAUGUGGUCAAGAUCGGGCCAAUGCACCUCAAGGGUGUUUGGAUCCCCUUCGAACGAGCUCUCGAGUUUGCGAACAAAGAAAAGAUCACUGAGCAGCUGUACCCCCUGUUUGUCCACGACAUUGGGGCUCUGCUCUAUCACCCCUCAAACCAGACGAGGGCAAGUGUAGGAGGCGCUGCCAUGGCUGCUGUCGAUCGUAAUCGAAGACCUGACUCUAUGCAGACUCAGCAACGAUACAUGGCAGGACCAACGACAUCACAGGCCCCGUCCCUGCAUCAUCACCAUUCGAUGACGAAUUCGGUAGGGUCCGCCAUGUCGCAGCCUCCGCAUGCCAUCCAACCCCACCCAUCCUCUGGUCGACCCAGUCUCGACCGCGCUCAUACCUUCCCAACACCACCCACGAGUGCCUCGAGCAUGAUGGGUAUGGGUAAUCAAGGCAGUUCGUACGAAUGGAAUGGAGCUAAUGUGCAACAACAUCCUCAGGGUAAUCAGCCUCUGUCCAUUGAUACCGGGCUAAGCAACGCGCGCUCCGUGCCCACGACACCUGCAAGCACGCCGCCAGGUGCUGUGCAACAAGGUAUUCCGUAUGGCUCGUCUCAGAGUUAUGACGGUUCGCGACCCAUGUAUUCUGCACCUCCGGCCCAGCCAAGCCAGUAUGCACAAGGCCAACCGAUGAUGAGCUACCGGCCGGAUAAUGCAUACCCAAAGACAGAAAUGGCGCCGCCUUCCCGCAUUAGCGAUGUUCCAGAAGAGGGCGAGGUGAAGGCGUCUGAUGGGAUGAUGCCACAGGGUAACGAACAGGUUGCAGCCCCUCCAGCAGGUGGCGAGGAGGAGAACGAGUACACGCAUUCCAGUGCUCCGUACAACGGAAAUCGAGGACCUUAUGGGUAUAACCCCAACGGUCCACCGGGACCAAUGCACGCCGAUCAUACGCAUCUGUCGCCCGAAAUGACGGGAUCUCCUCAUCAGAACGGAUCUGGGCGUGCGACCCCACGAACGGCGACUAACGGUCAAGCUCAGUGGGGCUCUAGUUAUCCUACACCACAACGACAGGCACCACCCUCUAGCAACCUGUACAACGUCAUGAGCGAUCCUAGAGGCGCUCCUAAUGGCAACGCUGCUCAUGAUGCAUACCAGGGUCCUGGUGCUGUUCCGCAAUACGCGAGCCAAGGGUAUGCUCCCACGAAUGGAGUCAACUCUUCUGGCAAGCGUGGGCGCGACGAAGAGGACGCAGAGACGUAUCGUCCUGACAGUGUUCAAGGUGACGACAUGGGCGGCCUCAAAAGACGCAAGACGAUGGAAGGCGGUGCUGUCGGCCAAACUUACGCGCAGGACCCCUCUCCUGGCCUCCAACGCGCACACACCCUGGCCGCACAACGCGCCCGGAGGUAA